ACAAUUAGGGUUUCAAAUAAGGGUUAGGUGUCAAAAUAGGGUUUCAAACUAGGUUUAAAAUUUCAAAGUAGGCUUUCAAACUAGGGGUGGUGUUUCAAAGUAGGAUUUCAAACGAGUUAGGGUUUCAAAGUAAGGUUUUAAACUAGGUUAAUGGUUUCAAACUAGCGUUAAGGUUUCAAAAUGGGAUUUCAAACUAUUGUUAGGGUUUCAAAGUAGGGUUUUAAACUAAGGUUUUGGGUUUCAAACAGUCCGGUUUCCAACCCAGGGUCUUAAACUGUUUGAAAUUUGGAUUUUGAGAUCGCGUUCGAGUUUCAUUUGCAGGCUAAAUAUUUGUUUUUAUGCAGUAAGCCAACUUAGAAAUUCUCAAUAUUGUACACAGUUUGUGUAUCCUAUUUGAGCAUGCUUCAGUGGUAGAAACUAACAAAAGUACAAAUACUUUUUUUUUUUUUUUUGGACUGAAUUAGGUUUUUCUGAUGGAUGUGCUCCACUUGAGUAUGUUAGUAGUACAGACAUAUACAGUCGAAGUUUAGUCGGUUUUCUCUUUAUUUUUAUUGUCAAUUCUUGAUGGUAGCAACAAGAGAAGUCAACGCCCCCAAAAACCUGUAGUACUGAUCGUUUCCUCUGCGUGUCGCCGUUGUUCCCACUCACAUGGUCAAAAGGGGAGAAGGCGGACCGCGCUUUUGCGCGCCUUUACGUAGACUCUGUCGUCAUUUUGGCGUGUCGUGCAUUUCGCUUGUACCUCCCCCCUCCUCCCACCUCCUCUCCCCACUGCCUCCCACUCUUUCCCAUCCUAUCCUUGACGUGAUUUGGCUUUGGCGGACAGUGGACGCUGGGUGCCGAGCGCGGUGCGCUGAAGCGGGCGUUGCGUUGAAGAACAAACCGUCAUCGCUUCAUCUUCAUUCGGAUUGGAGUCUUGCUUCUCUACUAUGAUUUUGUGCUCCUGAGGGAUUCUCCUGUAAUACGUCUUGUCAUCUUCAUCCAUGGGCUCCCGCAGCCAAGGCUUUUUCCCACACCACCACAGCAGCCACCACCACCACCAUCAUCAUCACCAUCACCAUCGUAGCUCCUCCUUGGCACCCCCGCCAUCGGCGGCGGCGGUGCCCCGGCUAUUGUCCGAGGGCGGCAUGGCCCAAAUUACGCCGGGCCUGUUCCUGAGCCGCGGCAACGUGGCAUCCAACCGUGGCUUGCUCCUGUCCAAGGGCAUCACGUGCGUGGUCAACGCCACGCUGGAGCUGCCCAACUUCAACUGGCCGCAUGUGGAGUACGUGAAAGUGCCACUGGCCGAUGCGCCGCACUCACCCAUUUCGCUGUACUUCGACGGUGUCGCCGAUAAGAUUCAUAGCGUGGGCCGCAAGCGGGGCGUCGUCCUGGUACACUGCGCAGCCGGUGUGAGCCGUUCCGCCUCGCUGUGCCUGGCCUACCUCAUGAAGUACCACCGUGUAUCGUUGGCCGACGCCCACGCCUGGGUCAAGGCCCGUCGCCCCGUCAUCCGGCCCAAUGGCGGAUUCUGGCGUCAGCUCAUUGAAUAUGAGCGCAAGCUCUUCGGAAGGAACUCGGUCAAGAUGGUGCAGACGCCCUACGGAGCCAUCCCUGACGUCUACCAGAGGGACCGCCACAGUCUGGCACCCUACUGGGGACUGUGAAUCCCUUGCCCCCACCCUCAAUGAAUUCUGGAGACAGGGGGAUGGACCACGGGUGCAGUCGGUCUCCUGGUGUUGACUGUCCUUGUCAUGAUGUCACGUGUACGGUAGCAGUUUUUGACAGCAGUGUACAGUGAACCACCCCGACCCCCUGAGUUGAAUUAGUUCCAUGUGCCUUGAUUUACAUGCAUCCUGGUUCGGCUCUCAGAUCAACUUUUCAGAUUGAAAUGAAUGGAAAUACCAUUAAUCUCUUCCAGCCACCCAUAAAACACCAACAAAUAUAGGGUCUUUUUUAUCAUUAUUAUUAUUAAAACUUUUAUUAUUAUAAGAUUCACACUAUGAUAUUGCACUUAUAAAAAUAUCAAAUAGACUAGACAAAACUAAACGGUUUGUGCAUCAUGACUUCAUGUUUCAAACGACAGGUGUCAAACUCAAGGCCUGGGUUGAGUUUGAUUCAGCCCGCCACCUGAUUUUGUGCUUCACAAAGCAAACCGAAAUUAGCCCAAUAAAUUACCAAAAUUGCUAAUUGUCUUCUCUUGACAAGUUAAUGAGAUGUCACACACAUCUGAAGCAUUUAAAACAGGAAACUAGCGUUGCUCAGAAAGCAACGCUAGUAUUAAGUUUGGUUGAGGAUAAAGAAUAGAUGCCUAUGACUGUUGUUAUAUUGUCUUUCUACAUUUGUGUUCAAAUAGCCAUUGCUUCACCAGUUGUAACACUGCGACUUUGAAUGCUAAUUUUAUUAGCCACCCUAAAGCAUUUUGCAUUGUGUAUUAGCAUUAAGCGUGUGGAUCUUCAUGAGAAAAGAGUAAUUUUGAUGUUGUCUUGGUCUUAUGGUCGUUUUUACAGUACAUUUUUACACGGAGUGAUAAAAAAAUCAUCACGAAGACUCUUAUCUGCCAAACUGCUGCUCAUUAUAAAAUGUUCUGCUUGGAACUCAUGACACCUUGUUUUGGGGGGGAGAAAAAAAAACUCAUCCUUGGGGUCCCAUGUAAAUCAAGGUACCACUUAAUGCGUUUGUGCCCCCCAAAAACCACCACAAUCAUUUUGAAUAAAGAAAACUAGCAGUGGAUUGUCAAACAGAAAUAGAAAAAGAAUAGUGCUGUGUGUGCAGUAGCAUUUUACAAGAGCACCUUACAGUGGUAAAUCUACAUUUUAAACUAAUAUUGACUGCAUUGUAAAGCUUUUGGGGAUUGGGCUCAGUCCCUAACCGGCGUGAAUAUCGGGUUCACUGUACACAAAUUAACUAAAUACAUAAGAGUAAAACUAAUUGUAUUUGUGUGUACUGUACA